UGAUGGGGUGGGUUAAGGUUUAAUGACUUUCUCACAGUUAAACAUUGAGAACCGCAGUAAGCCCAUAACCUAUCAACUGCUGCAGAUCGAGGCGAACGCAUACGGUGAGCAACCCGUCGCCGAGGCCCCCCAAGAAGAAUCAAGGCAUUAAAGUAUUUAUUAUUCCCGAGCUACAUAAAUGGCAAAGAAGACAAUAUUUGUGGGUCUGGCGGUACUGCUGCUGGCAGCUGUCGGCACAUUUGUGGGCGUCUUCUUCAGUGUGGGGAGAAAGACAGAGCCGAGUCAGCAUGUGAACCUGAAGGCAGCUGUGGCAGCAGAUGCUGGGCCGUGUUCGGAGGUCGGCAGAGACCUACUGAAGAGAGGGGGGUCUGCAGUGGAUGCCUCCAUAGCUGCUUUACUGUGUGUUGGACUUGUGAACGCUCACAGUGCGGGCAUCGGAGGAGGGCUUUUCUUCACCAUCUACAACGCAGAAACAGGGCUGGUUGAAACCAUUGAUGCCAGGGAGACGGCACCACGCAAUGCGACAGAGAACAUGUUCGGGAACAGUACAGAAUUAUCCCAGAAAGGAGGGUUAGCUAUCGCUGUACCAGGGGAGAUCAGAGGCUAUGAGAUGGCACACAGACGACACGGCAAGCUGCCUUGGAGAGACUUGUUCCAGCCGAGCAUUGAACUUGCAGAAAAAGGUUUCCCUGUGGGCAGGGCACUCGCCAAGGCUCUGUCCAGCAACAAGAACACCAUCAUCAAGGACCAAGCCUUAUGUGAAGUGUAUUGUGGGGGAAAUGGUGACGUCCUAAAAGAAAAUGACACCGUCACAUAUACCAAGCUUGCACAAACUUAUAGGAAAAUAGCCGAAGAGGGUCCUAAUGCUUUCUACCAGGGAGAGCUAGCUCAGAAACUUGUAGCAGAUAUUCAGGCGGCAGGCGGUAUCAUCACAAUGGAGGAUCUGAAGGAUUAUGUGCCUGUCUUGGAUGAGAACCCUUUAAGGGUGAAUGUGGGGGAGUACACCAUGGCUGUUCCCAAUGCCCCCGCUAGCGGCCCUGUGCUCUCGCUGAUAUUAAACAUCUUGAAUGGCUACAAGUUCAACUCAGACAGCAUGGCGAGCACGGAGAAGAAGAUCCUGACCUACCAUCGCAUUGUGGAGGCUUAUCGUUUUGCUUAUGCAAAGAGGACCUUACUCGGAGACCCAAAGUUUCUCAACAUCACCGAUCUCAUCCAGAACAUGACAUCCAGUUUCUUUGCUGAUACCCUCCGAGGAAAGAUCACAGAUGACACCACACAUCACAUGAACUACUACGAGCCGGAGUUCUACCUGCCCGAAAACUACGGCACCUCACACAUCUCGGUCGUAGCAGAAGAUGGAAGCGCUGUGUCCGCCACCAGCACCAUCAACCGAUAUUUUGGCUCCAAAGUCAUGUCGGGAUCAACGGGGAUUAUUCUCAACAACGAGAUGGACGACUUCAGCUCCCCGCUCAUCACAAACAGCUUUGGAGUGCCUCCUUCACCCAACAAUUUCAUCAGGCCUGGAAAAAGGCCAAUGUCUUCCAUGUGUCCAGCGAUCAUCUUCGAUAAAAAUCACAAAAUUAAGAUGGUGGUCGGAGGCUCGGGAGGAACAAAGAUCACCACUUCUGUCGCUCAGGUGAUUCUGAAUGCGCUGUUCUUCGACUUCGAUUUAAAGAAAUCCGUGUCAGACGCAAGAGUCCACAACCAGCUGAGUCCCAACACAACUGUAGCAGAGCCUGACUUUGACAGAAACAUCCUGGAUGGUUUGGCAUCUAAGAACCACGAGACGGAGUUCCUCACAUCAACAGGAGCUGUGGUGCAGGCGGUGGUUCGACACGAUGACGGACUCCACGCUCAGUCGGACCCUCGCAAGUGGGGGUACGCCGCUGGGUACUGAGUUCAUAAACACACCACUGAUUAUGCAGGGAGUCUGUAGCUGUGUGAACCUUGACACCAGCGGAACAAGCUGAGCGAUUAGAGGCUUGAUAAAGAACCAGGAACUGUCCUGGCUGUCAAUCUUUUCCUCAUUAGGUGAGAAUAAUAUUAAUUCGCUUCACGAUGCGGAACUCAGAUAGAAGAGCAUUGACUUAUUGUCCGUUAUGACCUCGAAAACAAAGCGCCUCAGACUGAAAUUAAUUCUGAAUAUUGACUCUCAUGGGAAACACAUUUAUAUAUAUCACGUUUUAUGUCAAACAGGGGUACGUGUGUUCUAAUCAUCAUUUUCACUGCCGAGGCACAGCAUGUUAUUCACUUUGUCAUACGUCAUAAAUGUGUACAAAGCCUAACUAUUUAUGAAGCACUUUUGUAAAUCAUUAGCAGUGUAGAGCUGUCUGCUGUUGUUCAUUGAAGACAUGAUGUGAUGCCUACAGUACUGUCUAACAACUAAACUCUAAAUUAAGGACACAUUCACUGAAAGAAAUCGACCAAAACUAACAGAGAGACCUCAAGCUUCAACUUUCAGUUAUUUUUAGAAUAACAUAAAAACAUUUUGUUUUUAUGAGGUGACAGCAAACACACUGACAGAGCAGGAACGCGCCGCUGUCAAAUUAAAGGUUUAUAACACCUCAGGGUCAAGCAGUCCUUAAUAACUUACCGUAAUUUCCCACAACCCAGAGUGCAAUGGCCUAUAAUGACCCCAUAACAACAUUACAGCUGUUGCUGCUGGCUGUCACCGCUGGGAUUCAGGGCUCUUAUUUUCUCAGCUGGAAUGUAAAUGUGUUACAUGAUUAGCGAGAUGUAUAAACGUGUAAAUUUAUAAGGCCUUACGCUGCUGCACUGAUUUGUGUGUGAUUGUAACAGUGUUAUGAUGGAAGUGAUUUAACAUUCAGAGCACUCAUCAUGUUAUUGUAUACCACAUAUAUUUAUUUUAAAGUAAAUGAAGGACAAUCUCAGUGUGAAUGGAUC